CUUCAUUUCCCUGUUACUUUUUUCUUUUUUUCCUCCAUGACAGUCGACAUGCAAUUAUCAACUAAUGCAAUUAAAUCACUUUAUGAGAACCGAAGUGAUCCAAGUGUCCCGGAACACCCCAUUUUGCAGGUGAUUAACGUCAAGCCUGUACAGUCAACAACCAACAAACGCUACAGAGUCAUUCUAUCGGAUGGCGAGUUUUUUAUGCAAGCCAUGCUUUCAACCAAUACUACAAGUUUAGCGGAAAAUAACGAAUUGGAGCGAUGGUCCCUUAUCCGCUUGACCGAAUCAGUAUGCAACGAAGUGAAUGGGCGCAAGAUCUUGAUCAUUCUUGGUGUCGACAUCAUCAGUAAGCAUGAAACCAAGAUUGGUGAUCCCAAAUCUAUUGAAAAUGUCGGUGGCUCGCCUUCAACUUCGUCCGCUUCCAACAGUGGCACUGCUAAUCCUGGCACUGCUCAGCCUACACCCAUGAAUACGAGUAGCAGCAGCAGCAGCAACAGCAACAAUGGCCCUGCUGUGCAACCAUCUGGAAGAACCAAUGUACAACUCGAAUCGUCACUGUUCUCUAUCACCGCUUUGAAUCCUUAUCAAAACAGAUGGACAAUUAAGGCCCGCGUCACCUUGAAAUCUGACAUUAAGCACUGGCACAAUAAUCGAUCUGAAGGCAAGCUUUUCAAUGUCAACUUGCUUGACAAGUCGGGAGAAAUCAAAGCCACGGCCUUCAACGAUCAAGUUGAUCGCCUAUUCCAUGUUCUUGAAGAAGGCAAAGUAUACUACAUCUCCAAGGCUCGUGUGACCAUGGCUCGCAAGCAGUUCUCGACAUUGGACAACGAAUACGAACUUGUCAUUGAAAAUCAAACUGAAAUCGAAGUGUGCCCCGACGAAGUUACCAUUCCGAAGAUGAACUUUAGCUUUGUGCGAAUUGCUGAUAUCGCCAACUAUGAAAAGGAUGCCACAGUUGACAUUAUUGGCGUUGUGCGAGACGACAACGGUGUGCAGGAAAUCAUCACCAAAAGUACAGGCAGACCGGUCAAGAAACGUGAACUUGUGGUAGUUGACGAUUCGGAGAAGCAGAUUCGUUUGACGCUUUGGGAUAAAACUGCAGAAAACUUUGACUCCAGCGGUGCCCCCGUAGUAGCAUUCCGUGGAUUGCGCGUGAAUGAUUUCGGCGGUCGGUCGCUUUCGCUGUCUACCAAUGGCACACUCAAGGUCAACCCGGAUAUCCCAGAAUGCACCAAGAUCAAGCAUUGGUACGCCUCCCAGUCCUCGGAAGCGUCUUAUGACACAUUUGCUCAACAAACAACCAACUCCAUCGGACAACAGUCCAAUACACGCAUCACACUCGGCCAAGUCAAGCAGGACGGCUUGGGUACUGGGGAUCGGGCCGACUACUUCUCCGCACGAGCCACGGUUGUCUUCUUGAAGAACGAAAACCCUGCUUACCCAUCGUGCCCUGAUUGCAGGAAGAAGAUGGUCCAAAACGAGAACGACUGGCAUUGUGAAAAAUGCAACAAGGGACACCCUGAGCCCAUGUGGCGAUACAUCCUCACGGCCAGCAUUGAGGACGCCACGGCCCAGUUGUUCGUGAACGCAUUUGACGAUGUGGGCAUCAGCAUCAUCGGAGUAUCGGCCAAUGAAGUGAUGAGACUCAAGGACACAGAGCCAGAUGCUUAUGCAAAGCUCUUCUCGGACGCACUAUUCAAGGUGUACAACGUCAAGGGCAGAGCAAAGUCCGAGACUUUCAACGACACAACCCGCACAAAGUACACCCUCAUGGAGGCAACGCCAAUCAACUACGUCCAGGAAGCCAAAGAGAUGGUCAGUGCCCUCGAAAAGCUGACUGUUUGAAAUGUGCACAAAGCAAUGGGUCUUCCAGCUGUGCACCGUCGUAUAUAGUUAUUAGCAAGCACACGCAAGUCCCCACCCCCACCCCCCCCCACCUCCCAUUCCCAACUCAUCUGUACUAGGCAAAUAAAAACAUAAAAUCAAUGCGUUCUUUCACAGC